CCGCCGCCGUGUCCCCGCGCCUCCAAGAUGCCCGGGCAGCGGCGGGGAGGCUCCCGCGGCCCGCCGGUUCUCGACCACCUUCCCUGGUUUUUCGUGCUGAAUCAGGAUCGUGUUAACUAAAGAUGGAAACACUGGAGUCAGAAUUGACCUGCCCAAUCUGCCUGGAGUUAUUUGAGGACCCCCUCCUGCUGCCCUGUGCCCACAGCCUCUGCUUCAGCUGUGCCCACCGCAUCCUGGUGUCCAGCUGCUCCUCCAGCGAGUCCAUUGAGCCCAUCACCGCCUUCCAGUGCCCCACCUGCCGCUAUGUCAUCUCCCUCAACCACCGGGGCCUGGAGGGCCUCAAGAGAAAUGUGACCCUGCAGAACAUCAUCGACCGCUUCCAGAAGGCCUCCCUGAGCGGCCCCAACUCCCCCAGCGAGAGCCGCCGCGACAGGACCUACCGCAACAGCCCUACCAUGUCCGUGGCCAGCGAGAGGAUCGCCUGCCAGUUCUGCGAGCAGGAUCCGCCCCGCGACGCCGUCAAGACCUGCAUCACCUGCGAGGUGUCCUACUGCGACCGCUGCCUGCGGGCCACCCACCCCAACAAGAAGCCCUUCACCAGCCACCGGCUGGUGGAGCCGGUGCCCGACGCGCACUUCCGCGGACUCACGUGCCUGGAGCACGAGAACGAGAAGGUGAACAUGUACUGUGUCGCUGACGACCAGCUCAUCUGUGCCUUAUGUAAACUGGUGGGCCGCCACCGGGACCACCAAGUGGCAUCGCUCAGUGAUCGCUUCGAGAAGCUGAAGCAAACCCUGGAGACGAAUCUCACCAACCUGGUUAAACGCAACAGCGAACUGGAAAACCAGAUGGCCAAGCUGAUACAGAUCUGCCAGCAAGUGGAGGUGAACACAGCCAUGCACGAGGCCAAGCUGAUGGAGGAGUGUGAUGAGCUGAUGGAGAUCAUCCGCCAGCGCAAGCAGGUCAUCGCUGUCAAGAUCAAGGAGACAAAGGUGAUGAAGCUGCGGAAGCUGGCUCAGCAGGUUGCCAACUGCCGGCAGUGCCUUGAGCGCUCCACGGUCCUCAUCAACCAGGCCGAGCACAUCCUGAAGGAGAACGACCACGCACGGUUCCUGCAGACCGCCAGGAACGUGGCUGAGAGGGUCGCCAUGGCAACUGCAUCCUCACAAGUUCUGAUACCAGAUAUCAAUUUUAAUGAUGCCUUUGAAAACUUUGCUUUAGAUUUUUCCAGAGAGAAGAAGCUGCUGGAGGGGCUGGAUUAUCUAACGGCACCGAACCCGCCGUCGAUCCGCGAGGAGCUCUGCACGGCCUCGCACGACACCAUCACCGUGCACUGGAUCUCGGAGGACGAGUUCAGCGUCAGCUCCUACGAGCUCCAAUACACCAUCUUCACCGGCCAGGCCAACUUCAUCAGUCUCUACAACUCCAUGGACAGCUGGAUGAUCGUCCCGAACAUCAAGCAGAACCACUACACGGUGCACGGGCUGCAGAGUGGCACCCGCUACAUCUUCCUGGUGAAGGCCAUCAACCAGGCGGGCAGCCGGAACAGCGAGCCCGCCCGCCUCAAGACCAACAGUCAGCCAUUCAAGCUGGACCCCAAGAUGGCUCACAAGAAGCUGAAGAUCUCCAAUGAUGGGCUGCAGAUGGAGAAGGAUGAGAGCUCCUUGAAGAAGAGCCACACGCCGGAGAGGUUCAGUGGAACGGGCUGCUAUGGGGCAGCCGGCAACAUCUUCAUCGACAGCGGCUGCCACUACUGGGAGGUCGUGGUGGGAUCCUCCACCUGGUACGCCAUCGGCGUGGCUUACAAGUCGGCCCCCAAAAAUGAGUGGAUCGGGAAGAACUCCUCUUCCUGGGUUUUCUCCCGCUGCAACAACAACUUUGUGGUGAGGCACAACAACAAGGAGAUGCUGGUGGAGGUGCACCCGCAGAUGAAGCGGCUCGGCGUCCUCCUGGACUAUGACAACAACGCGCUCUCCUUCUACGACCCGGCCAACUCCCUCCACCUCCACACCUUCGAAGUCUCCUUCAUCCUGCCGGUGUGUCCCACCUUCACCAUCUGGAACAAAUCCCUGAUGAUCCUCUCGGGGCUGCCUGCCCCGGAUUUCAUUGAUUACCCCGAGCAGCAGGAGUGUAACUGCCGGCCCCAGGAGUCCCCGUACGUGUCAGGAAUGAAAGCCUGUCACUAGGCUGCCCAGGCCUGCCCGCGCCCCGUGGCAGCUCUGGCUGUGCUGGUGGGUGCUGGUGGUCGGAGCUGCCUGCUGGGAGCCCACUGGCAGCCGUGCCAGAGAGCCACAGUGCCACCCCAGCAAUCGAGCGCCAUCCACAACCAGCUCCGUCUUGUUUUAAGGGAAAAGUGGAAGAACCUCGAACCGCAGCUGGAAAUAAACUGCUGGUGGUGAGCUCCGGUGUGCGUGAGAGCAGCUGGAGCAGCACCUUGGCAGUGGCUCCCGUCCCUCCCCAAGUGGAUUGUCACCUGUCUUCCUUCGGGGGCUGGAAAGGCUGGGGUGAGGUGACCUGAGGUGCUGUGGUGGUCAGGGGACAGCUCAUGUGUCCCAUGAGGCACAGGUUGGGACAGAAGGGAUGGGUUCUGGAGCCCACUGGCAGCCGGUCUGGGGAACUGCAGCCACUGAGCAGCGCUUUCCAGGGAGAUCUUUCCCUGUGGCUGAGGCUCAGUAGCUUCCCUGGUGGGGUGAAUAAUGCAUGGAGCCCUUGGGCUUGGUGAGCGCUGGCGUGGUGGAUGAAUGGUGGUUAUGUGGUGGAUGCUGGUUAUGUGGUGGGUGAGGGUGAUUAUGUGGCAAAUGGUCUCUGAGAGCAGAGGCAGCACUGAGGAUGGUCCCACUGCUUGUCCAUGCUGCAGCUGGCACGUUCCUGAAGCAUUUUUAGGGUUUGCAGUCCCACAGUGGAGAGCCACAGAUCCCCACCUCACCACGUCUCCUCCUUUGGGAGCUCCCCAGUAGCCAGGGAGGCCUGCAUCCCCGAGGAGCUUCGGCCCCUGGCACGGAGGUUUGGCAGCUGCUCCUUCCCAAUGCGGGUGUGGACGGUGGUGCCCUGCUCUGUUAGUGCCCUGUCUGGUGUCCCAGCAGAAAAACACUCGUCUUCCUGCUCUGGGCCCACAGCAGAGUCCUGCCUGAAGAAUAUUUCUAUGUUUUAUGACCCAAAUCUCAAUUUAUGACCCCAGAUCGUGGCUCCUGGUUUGUUCUCCACCAUGCCAGGGGAUUGGACUGGGUGAAUUUUAAAGGUCCCUUCCAGCCCAAACUCUUCCCUGAUUCAGUGGUGAUGGGAGCACAGAGACAUCCUGUUUACUCUGUGGCAAUGGACUGGAGCUCCAGGGGCUCCAUGCUCUGGUUACUGG